AUGGCGACGGCAUCAUCCAGCCCUCCUCCCGGCUUCGUCACCCUCUCCGCUCUAGACGCCGGCCACCUCUCCCUCCCCGAACACAUGUUCGUCAACGACGCAGACCCCGUAAAGAAGAACCUCGUCCCGUCUCUCUCGUUCCUCAUCCGCCACGCAUCGCCAGACGGCAGCGUCACCAACCUCGUCUUCGACCUCGGCGUCAAGCGCGACUUGAACUACACGCCCGCCCAGCAAGACGAGCUCGACAUCUGGAGGCCGCUCAUCACCGAGACCGACUGCGCCCAGAGCCUGCGCAACGGAGUCGCCGAUGCUCCUGGCGCCGCGGGCAACGGCGUGCUGCUCGAUCCUACCAAGGACAUUGACUACAUCAUCAUCAGCCACGCUCAUUGGGAUCACACUGGCACGCCCUCGGACUUCCCCACGGCAACGUUUGCUGUGGGAUCCGGAACGCUGGAUCUCUUCAAGAACGGCGCCGGGCCGGCGUAUCCAUCGAUUUUCUUCAACAAGGACGAACUACCGGCUCUACGCACCGUCGAGUUCCCUCCCCUCGUACGCACGGGGACAUACGGAAACGAGCCUUUUGCACCAAAACACACGCCACUCCCGUCAAACACCCAGGCUAAGCCUCCCGCAGCUGCUUCUUCGUGGGCCUGGAAGCCGUUUGGCCAUCUCCCCAACACGCUCGAUUUCUUCGGUGACGGCAGUCUCUACGUGGUUGAUACGCCAGGCCACAUCUAUGGCCAUGUGAAUCUGCUGGUUCGACUGGGGGAGCGAAGAUGGGCGUAUCUCGCCGCAGACUGCUGCCACGACAGACGGUUGGUGACGGGCGAAAAGCAGAUUGGCUUGUACGACGACGGCCACGGCGGGUUGAGGAGCAUCCACACUGAUACGGAAGAGGCACGCAGGUCUCUGGAGAGACUGAAAACGUUUUUGAAGAGUCAUCGUGCCGAGGGGAACGAGGUGGAGCUUAUUCUGGCACAUGAUUCUGUGUGGAGGAAAGAGAAUGCGCAUGCGUGCUGGCCUGGAAAGGUAUAA